AGAUUUUUAUAAGAUCAAAAGUAUUAUAGAGUAUGGGUUGAGUAUGGGUACUCUAACAUAAAUGGUGUCUGUUGGUAUGUAGAAAUGCGUUAUUUAUCUUCACAAGUCUUUCUUGGUCUUGUUUUAGAGUUCCUUAUUUCUUAUACACCUUCAGCAUCUCGUAUAAAACACUGUUCCAACAAAACCAAUGGACAAAAUUGCAAGUUUGACCACAGGCAUAAUAUACUAUGGUGUGAUUCCACAACUUUUACUUCAUUACCUCCACCCAAUGAAAUACAUGGAGAAGGUGAUCCUCGGUAUGCUGAAACAAUUUACUUAAACUCAAGUUGCCAACAGAAUUUUAGAGGUGUUCUGCGGCAAUACGCCCAUGUAAAGCAACUGAACUAUGACGACAACAUGAUACAAACUAUUCCCAAGUCAUGCUUCAGUCAUUUACAUCUAGAUGAACUUAUAUUGUCACGGAAUUCAAUUUCAACCAUUAAUAGUGCUUUUAAUGGUGUAUCAAAUUUGACAAUUUUACGAUUGGAUCGGAACAACUUAAAGUAUGUGCACAGACAUGCUUUCAAAGAAUUAAUAUCAAUGAAACUACUUGAUCUUAGCUACAAUAAAAUAAAAAAGUUUGAACCAGGACAUCUGAGUGGCCUGGUACAGUUAAGGGAAUUGCGGUUGAAGCAUAAUCACUUACAAAGCCUUGAUAGCGACUUGUUGGUGUCAUCUCCACAUUUGGAAGUUGUUGACCUUAGUUUUAACAGACUUCAAUGUUUACCUGCCAACCUGUUUGAUAACCAAAGUGACCUGAAAUCAGUUCUACUCAUGUCAAACCAACUUCGUACUCCACAUUCAGAUUGGUUUCGACGUAUCGUUGCAAAUGGGAGGGUACCGGAUGUAAAUUUAAUGCAAAACAACAAAUGGUUAUGUGAUUGCCAUUCAAUUAAAUACAGAGAUUUUCUUAAAGACAAAGAUCAAUGGAUUGAUAAAUUGGAUGUUAGGUGCUUUCAACCUGCAACGAAUAAAGGAAAGUAUCUAAGUGAUGUAAAACACUUUGGAAGCUGUCUUUAUCCAUUAGAAUCAUUGGAAUGUGAACAGCAACAGUCUUCUACAAGAACAACAAAUGUUCUAACGCGGACAACAACAAAAACAACAACAACAACAACUUUUCAACAUUUAGAAACAUCCGCUGGUGUUCCAAAGCUUUCAAAUCAAGUUGCAGAACCUCAAGAAAAUCAAUUCAUGAUUAUUAGUAUUGUAAUGGGGUCUGUAUGUAUUGUUUUAAUGGUAGUUGCAGGGGUAGCUGUUUAUUGCUGUAUGGCAAAGUUUAAAGAGGUUACAGUAGAAAAACAGCCUACCCUUAACAAUGAGAAUAUUGUAGAUGUAAAUAAUCGAAAUCGUUCUCCAAUGAGAGACUCAAGAACAAAUAGCAUUAAUCAGACUAAAGUUAAGGAUGUAUGUGUAAUACCACAACGCAACAACAUACAACGAAGUAAAUGCGACAGUGGUUUUGUGGCGUGGGACGAAGACAGCUUAGUUCCACAGCAGUUUUGGAGUAACACACCAGGAAAUAUGAUACGUGAAACACAGGAUCAAAGAAGCAUUUUAAGUGGUGACGACCACAACGUUUAUGAGGAUGUCUCCUAUGUAUAAGCCAACCGAAUUACAGACAAUGUGUAAAAGUCGAAUAUGCAAAUCGUGACAAUAUUUACACUUUACCGUUAUCGUAAUUUUAUUGGUUUACUAUGCACAUAACAUUUAAAUUUGCCUUAAUUUGAAGACCGAAGCACUUAUUUAAACAUCAUUUUAUGAAAUGUAUAAUUAGCUUGUGGCAAAUUUACGAAUUUACGAAUUCGUUCCUGCUGACAUAAGUGUCACUGAAGCGUGUUGCUCACAUUUGAACUCGUGGGUUUUUUAUAAGCUUGCUUUUAUCGCUGUACAUUCCAUGCUUUAACUGUGCCUUUUGAUCAAUUAUGUGCUACUCAGUGUUUGGAGUAGUUAGGCCUAUAGUGUAUUAAAAAUAUGCUUUAUAACAAAGUUAUAUGCAAUACACAUCCAAACGUCUAUUAAA